UGACUCUCGUACUAGAGAGGGGGCUCAGACCCAAGAGCAGCAACAAGCUCCAGUUGUUCAGGAUGCGGUGGGGCAACUACCAGUAGAUCCCGCGGUUCAGAAUGAUAUUGCACCAGCAGUUGGGGGUCAAGUUGCAUCGAUGGUUGUUCUGACAGAGGAUGAGCAGCGUAGGUAUGAGAGAUUUCGAAAGAUGGACCCACCUCAGUUUCAGGGUGGGAAGAGCGAGGACGCUCAUGAGUUUCUAACUACCUGCCGAGAGUUACUAGAGGUGGUUGGAUUAGCUGAGUCACAUGGGGUUAGAUAUGCUACACUCCAGCUUCGUGGACCAGCGAGAGACUGGUGGAGGACUUAUUCGGGAUGUUUGCCAGUUGGAUCUCCUCCAGUGACUUGGGAGCAGUUUGCUGGCGCAUUCCAAGAUCGUUUUAUCCCAUGGAGCGUGAGAGAGGAGAGUCGCUUGAGGUUUGAGAGUCUGAGACAGGAUGGUUUAUCGGUUACAGAGUAUGAGGCGCGUUUUUGCCAGUUGUCUAGGCAUGCGUUGGCCAUUAUUCCAAAUGAGACAGAGAGGAUCCGCAGAUUCGUGAGGGGAUUGACUUUCUCUAUCAGGUCAGCUGUGUUUCGGACAUCUAGGGAGGGGACUUCUUUCCAGUCCAUUGUGAGCGCCGCCAAAGAGGCGGAAUUGAUGGAGAGAGAGGAGUUUGGGGACCCUAAAAGGGCCCGUAUAUCAGGCCAGUUUCAUGGUGCCUCAUCUGGAGGUAGGGGAUCACAGAGAGUGAGUGGUUCUUUUCAGCAGCGGGGACCUAUUCAUGCAUCUAUGCCGACAUUUGAGGGUGGCCAGACAUCUAGGGGUUCUUAUGGCCCAGGUCAGGGCUCGUACGGUUCACAGCAGCGACCUACAGGGCGAGGAAAUUACAGUGGGUUUUCAGGGUCCACACAACAGUUCCCAGGUCAGAGAUUUUGUUUUACUUGUGGAAAUCCCGAUCAUCUAAUGCGGCAGUGUACUUCACAAAGGGGUCGUGGUGGGCCUCGACCUAAUUCUUCAUUCCAGACAAGACCACCAGCACCACAGGGUAGAGGUCGUGGCAGAAUUCAGUCAGGUCGAGAUGAUAGAGUUUCUAGUAGUGGUGUUGCAGCUCAGCAGAGUGGGGGUAGAGGUACCACCCAGGAUGGAGGUGGACGAGGAGGCCACUGCUAUGCUUUCCCCGGCAGACCUGAGGCGGAGACCUCCGAUGUUGUUAUUACAGAGCUGGGUCCCGACUUGACAUAUGAGGAGGAGCCUGUAGCUAUAUUGGAUAGGCAAAUCCGAAAGCUUAGGACCAAGAAGCUUGUUUCAGUGAAGUUGCAAUGGAAGCACCGUUCAGUAAGAGAAGCAACCUGGGAGACAGAGUCUGACAUGCGUGCCAGAUAUCCUCAACUUUUUGAGGCAUCAGGUACUUUCUUUUACUUUAUGUUCGAGGACGAACACGAUUUUUAG